AUGUCUGCAGCAGGCCAUCAGAACGAGUCGCCAGUCAGGCAGCACGAAACUGAUUCGCUCCCAUCCACGACGACAGAGACUCCAGCACGAGCUCAUCAUCCCCAUCGACAACGUCACAGACACACUGGCCGAUCGGGAACUGCUCAUGCUCUGGAUUCCAAUUUUGUCCUUGCUGCAACCCGAUUUGCUGAGACGGGAGAGGUAGAAAAGAGUCGAAGAAAAAAAUCAGCGAAUCGCGAUCUAUUCAGGGAGGGUAGAUAUGUAGGAGGAUCGGGAGAUGACGAAUUAGCAGUUCGAGAAAGCAAGCAUCAUCGACAAAAGGGUGGACAUAGCACGCCCAUUGAACGCGAAAGCAUCGAUCAAAGAGGGUUGAGCAAGGGAAGUAGUCAUGCCGCUACCGUAUUCCAACCAGCGGGUGGCACAUCUCCAGUAUACCCUCGGCAGCAGGAGCCUUCGUGUGCCCGCUCACCCGUUCAAAUAUAUCUUUGGCCCAUGCUGCAAGUCGAACAGAGGACAUACACAAACGCCCCCCCAUCAACGCCGACAUCUAGCAGCGUCCCCGCACCAGCUCAGGCAAGAUAA